CAUAUUGAGGCAGGGGCACACAAACUAAACAAGCGCACUUUCUUCAUGAGAGGAACUACCAAUCGUACAGAAUGAGUCAAACUAUGUCCUCUUCUCCUCUAGGGUUCCAGCAACAAUCUUCCGCAAUGGAGUUCCAAAACGACGCCGUUUCCAAACCCAUUUCACUCAUCGCUUGCAUUGCGAUGGCGUUACUUUACGUCGUCACCUUAUACGCUCCCACUGUGCUCCUCCGUCUCCCACCUCCUUCUUCUUUCACCAACUACAUGAUCCGACGCUUCCUAUGCGCCGUCGUUUCAACCACUAUCUCCCUCUUUCUCUCUCCUCUCAUUCUUCCCGUGCAAACUAUGGACUUGCCAUACAUUUUGGGUGUUUAUGGCAUUCGAAUGGAUCACAUGUGGCAGGCUAUGGUCCUUCCUCUUGCCUUGACCUCUCUAAUGUAUGCUGGGUCUUUGUUCCUCAAGUCUCUUCUGUUGCUCGAUUUUAUGAGACAUCACACAGCUUUUGAUGGCGGGCUUUCUUUUGAUUCCUUCAAAUGUGCCUCAACGAGAUUUAUUGACUGGUUGUCUGCAAUUUCGUCGAAUGUUUUGACUUGGCGAAACUAUGUUGUGGCACCCCUUACUGAGGAGUUGGUGUUUAGAGCAUGCAUGAUACCUAUACUUUUCUGUGGAGGGUUUAAAGCAUACAGUGCCAUGAUUCUUUGCCCCAUUUUCUUCAGCCUAGCUCAUUUAAAUCAUUUCAUGGAGAUAUAUGUCAAACAAAACUACAGAAUAAGGAAGGCUGCUAUGAUUAUAGGACUCCAGCUUGGCUAUACUGUUAUCUUUGGGUCAUAUGCUUCUUUCCUUUUCAUUCGAACUGGACAUCUUGCUGCUCCUUUAGUUGCUCAUGUAUAUUGUAACUUUAUGGGCUUGCCUGUAUUAUAUUCACAGAGAAGUGGGAUUGUAAGUCUAGCAUUCAUAAUGGGAUUCCUGGGCUUCUUGUGGCUUCUUUUCCCAAUGACAAGCCCAGAUUUGUAUAAUGAUAGAAUCGAUAAUUGCAGUUGUUGGCAAGGGUACUGCUCAUGGAGAGAAAAAAUGCCAAUGUCCUAGAUGUAAAUGUUAGUUUUCAUUCUGUCAGUUAUUUAUCUUUGUCAAGUUUCUAUGUAAAAUAAUAUUUACUACUCAUUUUAUGUUUUACUUGAAAUUUCGCGGUUAAAAUUUUUUAUCAGGCUUUUUAAA